GCAUCUCCUCUGAGAGCCGUCUAUACAAACCAGAAGUUUCUGGAGAGGGAAAAUGGCGAAGAAACCCACAAAGUCGGGACGAUCUCGUCCAUCGUCAGCCUCCUCUCCGACUGCAAAGAGACUCAGGUCUGCGAAGCGGCAGAAGAAGAAAACCCCAAAAAUUGAUGCUAAUAUGCCCAAGAAACCCCCCACUGCUUUCUUCUUCUUCUUGGAGGAUUUUCGAAAGGGAUUUCAAGAGCAGAAUCCUGAUGUCAAGUCAAUGCGUGAUAUUGGGAAAGCAUGUGGAGAGAAGUGGAAAACGAUGACAUAUGAGGAAAAGGUCAAAUAUUAUGAUAUAGCGACUGAUAAACGAGCAGAGUUCGAUAGAGCCAUGGCAGAGUAUAUUAAAAGGAAGGAAAGUGGUGAAGACCAGGAAACCGAAGAUGAUUCCGACUAUGAUGAGUAGGUCGUAGUCUGGUUUUGUUAGAUACUUUAUUGUUUGAUCAGUAGGAGAGGGAGAUGCAGCAGUGACAUGUUGUAUAUUCUCUAAUGUAGUUAGCGUUGUGUAUCACUUUUGUGUAAAUUACAAACUUGAAGACAUACAUUUAGGCGGUUUCCAACUUGCACAGCAGAGAUUUAAUCAACCAGUUUUAUGAUUAUUAGUAAACAUACACUAAUUUGAUUCCUGUUGAAAACUAUUCUCUAUUUUACCGUUAUCAAUAGAUUCCCAAUUUCAAG